ACCUUAAGUGAACGUCUCCUUCACGCGUCCCCCGCCCUUCGCUUCCCCAUCAAAUCGAUCCCAACCCCACAACGCAAUGACGCUUAAAUACUCCGCAUUCCCCAUACCAAGUAUCUAGCAGCAAAAAGCAGACCAUUGUGGCCAGCCUCCAUGCAUAAUCCCAGCAUUGACCCAGCUUGAGCCCAGACAGCCUUAUGCGAUCUCCACCAGUCCGCGCUCCCCCCCCUUCAGAAGUGUCGCGUUUAUCGCAGCAGCCUCCUCAUCGAAUCAAUAUCCCGCGCUCGAGAUGACCUUGAACUACCGCCUACACCAACAGCUGCCAACAGAAAAUAGUGCUCCGCCUUGCGCCCCUACCGCCAACAUGACCACCCCCUCCUCGAAUCCGGAUGACAGCUCAAACUCCGUCGCGGGCACCGAGCGUGAGCGAGAGCCGCCACAGCACAAGUCGAGCCCGGAUCACCGGGGUAUAAAGCGAACAAAAACCGAUGGGAAAUCCACUACAGCUCCGAGAAAGAGAGUUCCCACCGCAUGCGAGAACUGUCGACUGCGGAAGACGAAAUGUGAUGGCGUCAAGCCGGUGUGUGGGAGUUGUGCGAGGAUGGGGGUGGAGUGCGUUGGGGGCGACGAGAAGGAGUUGAGCUUGUACGAAAGGACAAGCUUGCGUAUUCUCGAGGGUAUCGACCGCAUCGAAGGAAUCCUUCGCACUCAGAACGCCCCGCCACCUAGUCCUGCCGGCACGGCCAACAACCAUUGCGCUGCUAUUACUACAGUGAACACUAUGUCAAGUCCUGCCGCUGCUCUUAGCAACCUCUGCGCAGCAGCAGCAGCAAAUUCAAUGUCUCCCCCCGGGGUAUCACCUGCCAUGGCGGUGUCACCCGCUCUCUCCUACCAAAGCACGGCCAGCAUCGUGACUGCGAUGCACGAGGCUCCGAGUCCCUUGCCAGCGAUUCACACACUUUUUGACUCCAACUCGACCAUGCCGGGCACAAGCAGGAUCAAGACGCCAUCAAAGCUUGACCGGAUUCUAGCAUGGAGUGUCUUUCCCAGGACGUCGCCCUAUUGCGGCCUUGUCUCCAAUGGAAACUGGAGAGAGAGCCUGGGGGAGGAGAUGCAUCUGGGGCUGGACGAGGUGAGAGUAUUACACAUGCGGUAUCUCGAGCGGUUUCACCCCAACUACCCCAUAAUAAACAUCGAAUCUCUCAACAAGGCAAUAUGCUCGACGUUGGAGGGCAAAGGAUGCGGGUGGGAUUCCGAGGCCUGCUUGAUGCUCCUUUGCUGCGCGCUUGGAGCGGUCGCAGACGAUUAUUUCGAGCACUUUUAUAAUCGAGAGACGACGAGAGAUCCACAGAGAUCGCGGCUCGAGAGGAUAGCGAGGGCGGAGGGGUACUGGUGUAUGGCAAAACGUAGAUUGGGGAUUGUCAUGUUGGAGGAAACGGAGUUGGCGGGGCAAUGUCUCGCUCUUGCUGGGUUUUGGUAUCUAUACCAGCUAGAUCCUAUAUCCGCCUACAAGAUGUUCCACUCCGCCUGCUUGAGCUGGCAAACCCUUCACCUGGCACAGGGUCGCUCGGUCGACGUCUCACGGGUGGAGGUCGAUGGAGUCAGCUCGGGAAUGAGCCACCCUCAAUACCUCAAACAACGCCUUUACUGGACUUGCCUCAAAGCGGAGUUUGAACUCCGCGCAGAGCUAUCCCUUCCCGUGCCCACAGGAGCACAGCUAGAGUACCCCCUCCAUUUCCCUAGUCCUCCAGCGUCAUUUGGUCCUGCGCCAGGAGGCGCCGUCUACUUGGACACCGAACGACUAUGGUAUUUCUACACCGCCGAAAUCUUUCUCCGCCGACUCCACAACCGUCUCGUAGACGAAGUCACCUCCUUCGAAGCCUACCUCCUUGACCCACAAAUGACGCUAACCGAAAAGCGCCUCACCUCUCUCAUCACCAUCGUGCGAGAAUACGAAGUCUACGUGUCGCAAUGGCACGCCUCUCUCCCCGUCUCCAUCCGCUUCCCAGACCCAGCCAUAUCACAACAACCACUUCCCGACGAGCGCCAACAAUUCAUCCGCAAACGCUUUUUGGAUUGCCACGAGCUGCUCUAUCGCCCCUUCCUCAACCUUACUCUCAACUACCCCGGCUGGCCAGGCUACAUCGUCGCGCCACACCCAAAAUCAUCCCGCAAUCAACCGCGGGACCCCGUUAAACUCGAAGCCGACGUGCGCUUGUUCUCCACACUCGCACUGCAAUACACAUACUGGAGCAUCGCGGCCGAUCGCGGCGUCUGGUUCCAGCACUCCACCACCGUAUGGCGUGACGUACGGAAUCGCCUCGCAGAUGUGUUAGUCCUCCGCGCCGCAGCAAAGGCGGGCAUGGAGCUGCCAAUGCACUGGGAGGAGGUCGUGGAGGAUGCUGAGGCUGUGCUGCUCUAUUGGUGUACCGGCGAUGGGGAGGAUGAAAGCGUUCGUGACCGUAGGAGGAGGGCCGGACUGAAGGGGUGUGCGGAGGUAGUUACGUGGGCGAGGGAGAUUAUGUAAGACGAUGCCUGUAUAUAUUCGCACUGCGAUAGUGGGCGCGGGGACGCUCAGCGUACAAAUGGGUUUGAAGCAUUGCUUUGUUUAUGGCUUCGUUGGGCCAGUGUCGCUUUGUUUGGGUUUCAAUUGACAGCAUGUAUUAAUAGUUG